ACAAUAGACAGAGGUGGUUCCGCGUCAUUAUGCCGGGACGGGGAUAUCCUCAUCAAGUUGAGGCGAUUCCUGUGCACAUCGAUGAAGGCAUGCGCUACUGAAGGUCUGGCGGAAUUUGCCUGCCUCCUCGUUUUUUGUGAGACCCUCUCUUAUAUGUGGGAAAUAAUGUGCUCUGACUGUGAGUGAAGACGCUAAGGCCAUCACGGUCUGUUAAAUUAGGCUGUCUUCUUGUCACUGUAGAAGCAGACUACACAGGCGAGCAGAAUAUGUAGCCAGCGAGUCGCUGAUGUCAAGAUGAUUUGCAUACUGACUUCCGCCCCACGACUUUAGUUCUGCAUCAGCCGGUGAGCAGCGAAGACGGCGAGACAGGCAGAUGUGUCCGGCCGAAGACAUGAAAACCUGACAUUAAAUUCAUCGGGUGCAUGACUAGUCUGGAUGUAUCUUGUGAUUAGUCGCCAGACGCACCAGGAUUUGGAAAUAUCGGGCGAUUUGGGGGACAGAACGUCGGCAGUGAGCUUUGAAUCGGUGACUGGAUUCUAUACUUUCUAUUCACGAAGAAGGAGCCGGAGCACCACUCGUUCAGAAUGCAGAAGACACAGCAAUGUUUUUAUAUUUUGUCGAUGUGGAAGUCAACGGACUAGCCUACCUCUUGCCUGAAGCUUAAUAUACCACCAAUGAUUGGAAUAUGGCACUUUAAAACGCGUUGACGCACCACCGUUGGCAGCAAAAUUGUGUUUUUCCUCGUCGCUCGUUUUCUGUGAAGCGUCUUUAGCCUAGGGUAUAACAUACUUAUAAUAACACUUGCACUUUCCCCCGAGGAAUUCAGUAGUUAAAACUAUCAGUAGUAGAUAAGCCUUACCGGUUUCGCGCGACAAGCUACCCAUAAAACUUUAGACAAAAUAGGCUACCGUAUCCUGCGCGAGCUAAGCUUUGACGUAUGUGGAUAGUGAAGAACGCCACCGGAGUAUGUUUAUUUGUUGCCACAUGGAGUUUUAAGUCUUAAAUCCCAAAUUCGACGUUCCUAUCCUUGAAGAUAGCUAAUACAUGUAGCAAAGAACGCACAAUUUUUGGGGGUAUUUCAAAUGUAGACAUUUAAUAAACAUCAUAAAAAAUAUCGAACAUAGGAUAAAACAUUAGGAUACUUCCAUUGUAGUGGUUCGUUGUGUUAUUCGGGGUCGCACGCUUGUCAUUUGGAUUUUAUACAAGUGUCUGACGUUCCAUUCUCGUGAUAAGACAUUCUAUUGCUGUUCUUAAAACCUACUUUUUGAACGCAACCAGUUGGAUCAGGAAAGGAGACCGUCCGGAUAGUAGCGAGGAUCUUUUUCUAAGGCAAACAAUUAUAUUUAAGGCCUAUCUCAAUUUGUCAUUCAAUCUUUUUGUGAUCUGAAGGGAAGGAUCCCUGCAAGAUUUGCCCACAAUGACUUACCUAUCUUAUGGUGUGCUUCUGCUGCUACGUGGACUCGUCAUUUCUGCAGUGUUGGGAUACGAGGGUAUUUACACCAGUGACCUACCCAGCCAUGGCACCUCCGAAGCCCCAAUUGUUGCAACUACAGACCCCUGCCUGACGGUGAUUCCCCCCUGUAUGACCGAGGCGGACCGCUUCAGUCUGGAUGCGCUACGCCACAUCCACAAGCAGCUAGACGACGACAACGAUGGAGGCAUUGAAGUCAACGAGAGUGUUGAGUUCAUCAUAGAAGACAUGAAACAGCAGCAGACCAACAAGCACAGUAACCUGCACCGAGAGGACCAACAUAUCACGGUGGAGGAGUUGUGGAAAGGGUGGAAGUCUUCUGAGGUGCAUAACUGGACGCUGGAUGACGUCGUGCAGUGGCUCAAAGAGUCGGUGGAGCUGCCUCAGUACGAGAGCAACUUCAGGGAGUUCAAGGUGGAUGGAAACACCUUGCCUCGAAUAGCGGCGAACGAACCGUCGUUUAUGACGUCACAGUUGAAAAUAAUAGACCAACGGCAUAAGCAGAAGCUAAACCUGAAGGCCCUGGACGCUGUGCUGUUUGGUCCGCCGCUACGGCCGCAGCACAACUGGCUGAAGGACUUCAUCCUCAUGGUGUCCAUCAUCAUCGGCGUGGGCGGCUGCUGGUUCGCCUACGUGCAGAACAAGGUGUCGCGCGUCCACAUGAGCCAGAUGAUGAAGGACCUGGAGAGCCUUCAGAGCGCCGAGGAGAGCCUCACGGACAUGCAGACCAGGCUGGAGAAGGCCCAGGAGGAGAACCGCACGGUGGCGGUGGAGAAGCAGAACCUGGAGCAGAAGAUGCGCGACGAGAUCUGCGGGGCCAAGCGUGAGGCCCACCGGCUCCGCGAGCUCCGCGAGGGCGCCGAGAGCGAGCUCAGCCGGCUGAAAUACGCCGAGGAGGAACUGGUACAGGUGCGCAUGGCUCUGAAGAGGGCAGAGAAGGAGCUGCAAUCGGAGUGGUCGGUACCGGAGGCUCUGCAGAUGUGGCUACAGCUGACGCACGAGGUGGAGGUGCAAUACUACAACAUCAAGAAGCAGAGUGCAGAGCUACAACUAGCCAUCGCUAAGGAUGAGGCGGAGAAGAUUAAGAAGAAGAGGAGUUCUGUGCUUGGAACGCUGCACGUGGCCCACAGCUCCUCAUUGGACGAGGUGGACCACAAGAUCCUGGAAGCGAAGAAGUCCCUGUCUGAGGUGACGGCGUGCCUCCGUGAGCGCCUCCACCGGUGGCAGCAGAUCGAGAAGCUGUGCGGCUUCCCCGUAGUCCACAACUCGGGCCUGCCCAGCCUCACCGCCUCCCUCUACUCCGACCACAGCUGGGUGGUGAUGCCCCGCGUCUCCAUGCCCCCCUACCCCAUCGCCGGCGGGGUGGACGACCUCGACGAAGACAUGCCGCCCAUCAUCACCCAGUUCAACCGUAAGUGUGACGCCCAAAUGAUGAGGCCGCAGCUAACGCGCAGUAGCAGCGUGUGCCGCUCCCGCCGGAGCUUGAUGAGCUCCACGCAGACCUCUCUCAUGUCGGCCGACCCGGACCUCCUGAGCAUGGGCGCCGCCACGCUACCCCCCUACCGCUCCGACCGCGAACGAGACCGCGACCGCGACCGCUCGGACAACAUCACGCCCGAGGACGAGCACAUCUUUUUCAGCGCUGAGAGGAAGGGGGAGAGCCAGGACACCUGCUCCGACUCCGACUCCCUGAAUUCCUCCCAGGGCAGGAAGAUGCACGGCGGCCCCUGCAGCUCGGGCCAGGACACCCCACAGCGCAAGAUCUCCCGCGAGGAGAUGAUGGUUCUCUGCCAGGACAUCCACCAGAUAUCUGCCGCCGUCGUCGCUGCCGCUGCCGCCUCCGCCGCCACCAGCUCCACCUCUUCUCUCUCCACCUCCGUGCCCCCGGAGCCAAGCCCCUCUCCCCCGCCUCCCCCGGCCCCACCAGUGCCCAGCCCCAUCCACACCCCACCCCACCACCACCACCACCCACAGCACCACAGCCACAGCCACGGCCACAGCCACCACGCCCACACCCUCCCACACCAACACCAACACCACCCCCACCACGCCACCAGCACCCACAAGGGCUCGCCUGACCUCACGCACGCCAUCCCAGAGUCCCAGAGCCUGACCUUUCACCCCGGCGGCAGUGCCAGCUCCACGUCCACCAAGCUCCACAACGGCAUCCUGGAGAAGUCCUACAGCAUGGGCCAGCUGCCAGCCUCCGCGGUGGUGGCAGCGUCGGCGGCCGCGGCAGCAGCAGCGGGGACGGGAGGAGCAGGGGGGUCGUCGUCGGACGUGGUGUCGGUGUCAGCACGCCACCCGUCCCUCUGCUCCCUGGACUCGGAGGCCACGAGGAGCUACAAGGAGGCCAAGAUGCUACACAGCUCCUCCUCACAGGACUCCUGCGACAACGGCGAGAAGAAGCGCUCCAAGAUCAAGAGCCUCUUCAAGAAGAAGAAGUAGCAUAUAUAUAUUUAUAUAUCUUUGUCUAUAUAAGUAUAUAUAUAUAUAUAUAUAUAUAUAUAUAUAUAUACACACAAACACACCCUGCAACUAUGGUGAAUAGAAAUCAAAUAAAGACUAGAAAAUACAAGGAAAAAAUGGGGGAAUUUGACUAAAAAUUGUGUUGUGUGUGAAGGGAGACAAAGAAGAAAAGAGAGGGAUGGAAAAAAGAGAGCAGCCUUAAAAAAGAAUGGACUCCUUAAAGAAGCCAAACGCUUUUUUUUUUGUCAUAAAAGGUCUUUGUUUUGUAUUUGAUUUCUUUUAUUUUUGUAAAUGAGAAUGUAGCUCCGCCUUUUUGGAGGGGGGAUUUCCCUCCGGGUCGGUGGCCUUCGUACGACACCUCUUUUUUUUCUCUCUUUUUUUCCCCCUUCCUUCGUUUUCUCUCUUUUCAUCAGAGGUCACUUGUAAGCUUCAAACGGUCAAGUAUAAAGGUGUCCUUAGUCAAACGGUCAUGUCAGCCAUUAAAAAAAGAGAAAGAGAAAGAAAAAGAGAAAAAAACGGAACACCUCAGCUGUCCUUUUGCCUUUGUCCCCAUUCUUAAACCCAAUUUGUUGUGUUUCAGGGGUCGGAGUCGAAGCAGGGCGUUUAGCUUUAAGUCAGAUGCUGUUUACUGAGGCCAACGUGCUUAUGUACUUGAUGAAUUUCCUUUUAAUUUAAUUUUUGUUCUUUUUUUGAGUAAACAAAAGAAAUCCUGCUAAAAGUUUCUUGCACUACUGCUCUCCCUGUCCUUGAUCAGGGAGAGAAGCCACCGUUCGCGGUAUAAUAAAAACCAUAAAACGUUCAAGGGUCUUUGACAGUAGCAGACGUCAGGGUGGUACAACCACCGAUAAUACCACUAUUGUAUAAAUUAAAUAGUUUUUUUGUUUUGUUUGUUUUUACUGGAUUAUCUAAAAGGCAUAUUUAUUGCUUGUACAUUCAUUUUAAAUUAUUAAUUAAUUAUUUCAAUUAAUACAAGAGUGGCAAUAGAUGUGGCUUUACCACCUGAUGCCUAUACACCGUCAAUGACCCUAAAAUAUGUAGAAGUCAAAAGAGAAGACGUGCGUUUGAGUGGCAUGAAACCAUAUUCGGCAGAGCCAUGGGAGGAAGUUAUUAGUGUAAUGGCCUUUUUAGUUGGAUGUCACAGUCAUACAGCUGGGAAAAAAACACUAGAAUAGACAUGAUUUGACGGACGAAAAUCACAGCCACCGGAAAGCGUCUGGCCCUGCCCCCAUAUUAUGCUGAUAGACCUGUGUCGAUGUAAAUCAAUGCAUAACAGGCACACCUCUCUCAAAAAUAACUUACUGCUGUAAAAAUAUUAUAAUAAAGUAUAAUGUACACAUUAUUUAGCAAAGACAAAAAUCGAAAUGUCAGCUUAAAUAUUUAUGUAAAUAAUAUGAAUUGGUAAACAAAUUUAAAGAAUCCUUUAUAUUAGUUUGGUAGAAACUUAGUAAUAUAUUUUCAUAUGCUGGUCUUGUUUUGCCUGCCAAUGGAUAUUUUGAACAGAACUAAACCGUUUCUGUCAAAGGAGAGACCUUACUCCACUAAUUUAUAUUGACCACCAAGCUAAUGUAGCCCUAUUUAAGAUGGCUACCAGGAUUGCCACGACGAGUAGGGGUGUGUCCGUCCUGUCCACUCUAGUGUGUUUUGUCCCCAGCUCUAAGGUAAUGGUGAUCAGGGGCCUGUUUCUCGAAAGUAUUGUUGCUAACCAGUUAGCAACUCAGUAGGUUUCCAAUGGGAAGUUGCAUCGCAACCAAGUAAGUUGCUAACUUAGUUAGCAACAAUGUUGUCGAGAAAAGCACCCCUGGCUCUACCAUGUGGCAGGGCACAUCAGCACAUUCAUCGAAGUCACGUUUUCGAGGGCAAAGAAAAGUAUCAUUAACGUUGCUCUAAUGGUGUUGAAAACAACUAGUGAUUUUAACACCAAUAAGGAGAGAAGCGGAUGUGUAAUGUUAUGCUAACUUCGUUGAAGAAGAUACAUACCGUCAACAACUUUUUGUUGCAAAUUGAGAGAAACCAACUUGUAGCGGUGCUUUGUGUUAAGAAGGUGCGAGCGAGUGGUGAUUUUUUUCAUAUCCAGAGUAACCGAUUCGAGAUAGAAGCUAUGGCCGAUAGAGGUGCUAGCUGCUGGUAAUACCAGAGAGAGUAGAUAAGAGAGAGGUUCCGCUGGCCCAUUGUUUCCGGGUUCUACUGUCGCAAGGGGGAGGGGGGGGGGAAUCCCCCUUUAGGCAGACCUAAGGACUGUUCUAUUCAUUGUAGGAGCAUUAUGACACGCCCCUUUAGACAGACCGGAACCUGGUCACGUUAGCAGCCCAUAGAACCUAUUAUGUUGGCAUAUCUCUAUACUUAAAGAAUCUCUGGUAAUGCUGUGCAUUUGGUGCGCUUCACUGUGUGUACUCUUUCUUUUUAUUUUUUUCUUGUUUGUUUUAAUUUUUUAGUUCCUGUUGUAUACUUUGUUUUUACAUGAUAUUGAGAUAGUAAAAAAAGAAAAAAAUGAAUAGAAAAUGCUAUUUUUAAUCUGAUAGCUGUGAAAAGAAAGAUCGGCGAAAAGGAGAAAGACAAUGCUUUUUUAUUUUUUAAAAAAGAGAGUGAUUUGAAUAUGCAGAUUUGUUACAAAAUUUCCCUGCCCCCCACCUCAUAUCACCUCACUCACUCUCAACAACAACCACCCCCCGCCCCCCCUCGCCCGCACCCUCUCAUCCCCUCCUUGACCCUUGACCUUUUACCCACAAUUCCUUUUGACUCCUUCUUCCCCUAUAUGUAUGGGCUUGGACUGUAAUGAGUGCGCUGCACUCACUGUGACUUGGUGCCCCCCAGCAAGGGUGCCGGAACGAGUUUUAAAGUGGUGGUGCAUUUUUUUUCUUCAUUCUUCAUUUCUUAACAAUGUUACUGCUGCUGCACUCCACUCAUUUGUCUGCAGUAAAAGUUGAGAAAUCCUCAUUUAGGGAGCCCAAAAGUGGGGAUGUAAAUGCACCACUGCAUCCCCCUUUCCGGUACCUAUGCCCUCCACCACCUGGACCCCCAACCCCAUGUCCCCACACCCUUCCCACGUCCCCCUAAGAAGACACAUGCACAACCAUGCACUAGAGUAACACCUUUGGUGGCCUGCCCUGCCACCAUGUUAUUUAUCUGUUGUGAGAGCGUUGUGUGUGGGUAUGAGUGUACUGUAUGGACGCGAGAGACAACCAGAACUGUGACCUUUUUUUUGCCAGUACUGUGCUCUCUUUCUUCGUAGGCCACAGCAAACUGAGCUAAUCGGGUCUGUACUUGUGAUUUAACCUUUAUUAAAUUAAUAAAAGAAGAAGGAAAAAAAAACUAAGAACGAAACUAUACUAAGAUGUCCAGACAAUGGAGGGAUGAAACCUCAUGAAUGUCGGUGAGAUGUUAGGAUUUUUUUUCCUUUUUUGGAAUAUUUGGUGUGUGAAUAUUUGUAUACUGUAGAAAGAAUUGCUAAUAAAUGAAGUAUCUUUCAUUUUUUUGUCUUGUGGUGGUUGCUUAAGCUUAGGCUCAUGCUGAAGGCACGUGAGGCAUGCAGCAGCGUGUAAGGCAUACUACUUAUCACCCACCAGCUGUAGUGGUGUGGAUCGGCACUGCCCUCACGAUCCGAUUCGAUCACGAUUCGGGAGGUAGUAGAUCCGAUUCGAUUCGAUUCUAUUAGAUCCAAUCCGAUUCCGAUCCGAUUCGAUUCUACAAUGCAUUGCAAUGCAUUACAUUUCUACUGAAAAGCAAAUGUUCAGCCAUGAUGAGGAAAUACAAGUAGUCAGAUACUGAGCAACAAUUUA